UUUCAUUGGUCAUUCUUUGGGAAAUAUAAUUAUCCGGUCAGCUCUUACCAGGCCAGAGAUGAAACCCUUCUUGGACAACCUCCAUACCUUUCUUUCUCUCUCUGGACCACACUUGGGGACAUUAUACAAUAGCAGUGGACUGGUCAACAUGGGAAUGUGGUUCAUGCAGAAAUGGAAAAAGUCUGGCUCACUUCUCCAGUUGGGGAUGAAGGAUGCUGCUGAUCUCCGGGAGACUUUUCUAUACAAACUUAGCAAGAAAUCAGGUUUGGAACAUUUCAAGAAUGUGUUACUGUUUGGUUCAUCUCAAGACCGCUAUGUUACAUCUCAUUCAGCUCGAAUUGAACUCUGUAAGUCUGCCGUCAGAGAUGCCUCUUUGCAAGGAGCGGUUUACAGGGAAAUGGUUAAAAAUAUUCUCCAACCCAUUGUGGAGAAACCCGACGUCAAUCUUGUUCGUUACGAUGUUCACCAUGCUCUGCCUAGUAAUCCCAAUUCUCUGAUUGGUCGAACUGCUCAUAUUGCUCUUCUGGACUCGGAAUUGUUCAUUGAGAAGUUUUUGGUCGUUUGUGGACUCAAGUACUUCAGUUGAGUGUGAACAACUAACGUUGUAACGUACUGUUAAGUGAUCUUUUUAACUACCAUGUGUAUAUUUGUGUACUGUAUCAUACCUUCCUUAGUUCAUAUUUAUUGACAUACAUCUGGUGAGAUCAUCGUUGUGGUUUUAUAAAGUAUCAUAGUCCAGUGUGUGUAUAUUUUGAGAAAAAAAAAACUGUUGACCUGGAUAAAAAAAUUGUUACUGAAUAUAUAGUUUAAGAUUGGAGAAAAUCCGGAAUGCGUAUUAAGUUAUUUGUAUUUAUAUCAAAAGUAUACAAAGAUAAUGAAAGUUAUUAUGAAAAACAAAUGAAUAUAAUUAGUAGUCAAAGAUUUUCUGUUUCUGUCCGUUGAGACAUGGUGUGUACAGUAGGAAGGAUAUGUUUGAUUUAGUUUGUAGACAAACAUUUAGGUUGUAAUAUGUCUGUUAAGAGAACGAGACGUUAAUCUAGAGUUGUAGAAACCUACUUAUAAACUGCAGCAUUGUGUUGUUUCCUAGUGACUCGUGAUUGUAGUCACAGUUGUAAAGAUAGAAGUUUCUCCUACUCAACAUUAAAAUGGAAUUUUUACCAAGUUUCAUAAAAUACAGUGUUCAUUUCUAAUGACAAAGUUGAAGAGACUCUGCUCCUGUUAUGUUUGUGGGGCAGUGACUUUGAAAAUGAAGUAAACUAAACGUGUUCAGUAUUCUUUGCUUUUGUAGUUUUGUUGGCAUCAAGAAAUGGCUUUUCUUUUUUUCUGUAGUUAAUCUCAUUUAACUUGGCUUUAAUUAGUACGGGCUCUUACAACUUGUCAUUUUAAGCUGUUUACAGGUUGCGUUGUCAUGUUUAAUUUGUGUUCGUUUUCGAAGCUAAUUAACCUCAUCAUUGUUUCUUUUAUGGAACACGUAAUUUGAUGCAAUAUUUUUACCAAAAAUCUAAAGGUUUUGAGAAGUAUACGUUUGUUAGUAUAGUAUGUCUGUACUGAAUUAUUUAAAAAAUGUGAAAUUUCAUCAUCAAGCGUUCAAUAGAAACACUAAAGUAUUUGACAAGUAAAGUUAAUCUAAUGUGGUGUGUUGACUUUAUAAAUUAAAAUAACUGUAAGAAAGUAAUUCCUUACCUGGCAGAUCAGAAAUUGAAAAUUAAAUAACAAGAUGAACUUUGUGAAAUAAAGUAAGGUCACAGAUGAUAAUAGCUGCUGGUCCAACCUGUAAAAUUUAGUAAGGUCACAGAUGAUAACAGCUGCUGGUCCAACCUGUAAAAUUUAGUAAGGUCACAGAUGACAAUAACUACUGUUUUUACCUGUAAAAUAUAGUAAGGUCACAGAUGAAAACAGCUGCUGGUCCAACCUGUAAAAUUUAGUAAAUUCACAGAUGAUAACAACUACUGUUCUUACCUGUAAAAUAAAGUAAGGUCACAGAUGAUAAUAGCUGCUGGUCCAACCUGUAAAAUUUAGUAAAUUUACAGAUGAUAACAACUACUGUUCUUACCUGUAAAAUAAAGUAAGGUCACAGAUGAUAAUAACAACUGUUUUUACCUGUAAAAUAAAGUAAGGUCACAGAUGAUAAUAACUACUGUUUUUACCUGUAAAAUAAAGUAAGGUCACAGAUGAUAAUAACUACUGUUUUUACCUGUAAAAUAUAGUAAGGUCACAGAUGAUAAUAGCUACUAUUACAAUCUGCAAAAUAAAGUCACAGAUGACAAUAGCUGCUGUUCCAUCCUGUAUAAUAAAGUCACAGAUGACAAUAGCUGCUGUUCCAUCCUGUAUAAUAAAGUCACAGAUGACAAUAGCUGCUGUUCCAUCCUGUAUAAUAAAGCCACAGGUGACAAUAGCUGCUGUUCCAUCCUGUAUAAUUAAGUCACAGAUGAUAAUAGCUGCUGUUCCAUCCUGUAUAAUUAAGUCACAGAUGAUAAUAGCUGCUCUUCCAACCUGUAAAAUAAAGUAAGGUCACAGAUUAUAGUCACUGGUCUAUCUUUGUAACUUUUCUAGAGAAUCUAUUUAUAUAUGUUGAUAGGUAAAUAGUCAAAGUUGAAGAAACUGUAUAAAACUGAUGACUUGUUGGAGCUUAACAACAGAGAUCAUUAUAAACUUGAGUCUUUAAUGCUGACAAUAGUUGAUACCUACUUUAAGAAAUAUUGUUUUUAACUUCAUUGAUUUUUUAAAUCAUGACUAUUUUGUUUUAAGUCUUAUCAUUCCAAUCUUAAAGGUCAUAUUGCAGAAAGUGGACUCGGGGUGUGAACACAAAUUUGUUUAUUAUAUGUGAACCAGAUGUUUCAUUGUACAAAAGAAACGGUUUCUACGAUCAUCUAAAUUUGUUACACUUUAUAUCAUUAAACAUUUCCAGGUGAUUGACGAGCUUUACCGUGCAGGAAUCAAAAAUGUGGACCUAUUUAAAACUGUAGACAACUACUGUUUGUAUGUAAUGUUUUCUAUGUUGAUUUAUAACUUAUAACAUGGCCAAAUGUUUCCUCUGUGAAGCUGUGGAAUAUCUACUGUAUCUUAUGUUUGUGUAGCUGAACUGGACCUUAAGAGAUGUGUUUUAUUCUUCUGCAUUAUUUCUAUUCUCAAUCUUGUAUAUUUUAACUUGUUUUUAAAAUUGCAAAAGUGUGUCAUAAAUAUUUAUUCAGGGAAAGUGUGUAUAUUUGGAGGGUUCUUGUUUAUCUUUGUGUAAAUUUUUGAAUGUUAAAUUUUUUUGUCAAGCAAAUUUUUUUUUUGAAUGAUUGUUCAUAAGUUACUUGAACAAAUCCUAGUUCCAAUACAUUUUCUCUAUGUCUUCCAAUAGAGACGUACCAAAAAUAGAACUUGAAUAAAAUAAAGCAGUUUACAUUAACAUAAGUCCCAGGUAAUAUAGUUUUACUCAAACUGACCAAUACAGAUGAUCCAGGGAGUAAAACCUACACUAUAACUGAUAUAAUUACACUUGAGUAAGGAAGCCAAUAUAAUAAUAGGUAGGCAAAGAAAUUAUAAGCAUAAGAAAACGUUUUAUUGAUGGUGGAACAUACUACAUGUUUCAACAGAACAUUGGUCUGUCUUCUUCAGCUAUGAUCAGUACUAAAUAUCCAUAACAUACACAUCAGUUAGUACAGUUUACUGAAGCUGACCGGUAUCUUUCACAUACACAUCAGUUAGUACAGUUUACUGAAGCUGACCGGUAUCUUUCACAUACACAUCAGUUAGUACAGUUUUACUGAAACUGACCGGUAUCCUUCACAUAUACACCAGUUAGUACAGUUUUACUGAAGCUGACCAGUAUCUUUCACAUAUAUACCAGUUAGUACAGUUUUACUGAAACUGACCAGUAUCCUUCACAUGUAUAUCAGUUUGUAUAGUUUUACUGAAACUGACCAGUAUCCUUCACAUAUUCACCAGUUUGUAUAGUUUUAUUUAAACUGACCAGUAUCCUUCACAUAUACAUUAGUUAGUACAGUUUACUGAAGCUGACCGGUAUCUUUCACAUAUACACCAGUUAGUACAGUUUACUGAAGCUGACCAGUAUCCUUCACAUAUACACCAGUUAGUACAGUUUUACUGAAACUGACCAGUAUCCUUCACAUAUACACCAGUUUGUAUAGUUUUACUGAAACUGACCAGUAUCCUUCACAUAUACACCAGUUAGUACAGUUUUACUGAAACUGACCAGUAUCCUUCACACAUACACCAGUUUGUAUGGUUUUACUGAAACUGACCAGUAUCCUUCACAUAUACAUUAGUUUGUACAGUUUUACUGAAACUGACCAGUAUCCUUCAUAUAUACACCAGUUUGUAUAGUUUUACUGAAACUGACCAGUAUCCUUCACAUAUACAUUAGUUUGUACAGUUUUACUGAAACUGACCAGUAUCCUUCACACAUACACCAGUUUGUGUAGUUUUACUGAAACUAACUAGUAUCCUUCACAUAUAUAUUAGUUUGUAUAGUUUUACUGAAACUGACCAGUAUCCUUCACAUAUAUACCAGUUAGUACAGUUUCACUGAAACUGACAAGUAUCCUUCACAUGUAUAUCAGUUUGUAUAGUUUUACUGAAACUGACCAGUAUCCUUCACAUAUAUAUUAG